AUGGAGACGAGCAGAAGGCUGCGAGGAGGGACUCCUCGUUCGGAAUCGCGCCCGCUGCCUCCUCCUUUGUCUUUGUCCAGCAGCAGCAGCACCGCUGCCCAAUCGUCCCUGCCUCAGAACCGAGUGCAUGGCCCAUUGCCUGAAACUCCUUCCUUCGACCACUCGCACCAGGCACAGGAUGCUCCUUCCCCUGUGACGCCCUCACAGCCGUCGCAUCCUCCGCAAUUGCGGCCCGAGUCGUGGCAGUCGGUCACCCAAGACUCUGUGCUGGACAAUCUGCUGCUGUCGUUUGACCGAAUGCCUGGCUCUGCUGCAGGCCCGGCCGACCGCCGUCCAAACAUGCCUGAUAUUCACACCAACGACUUCGAUACGACCAAUACGACCUUCACCCCACCGCGAGCGCUGCAACGCCUGCAACAACGCGUGCGAGGUCACACAUACUCGUCCUCUGCGUCGCACGACUCCGACACCAUCAGCAACCACUCGCAGCUCACCGCCCGCAUUCGCACCAACAGCCACUCCGACUCACGCCCUUCCACUGUUCAGAGUGUUGACUACGGCUACGGCCAAGUCCUCGGCACUACACGCAUUGGUGGAUACGACAAGUUCGAUCCACGCACACAAGGCACCCCUGAAGUUGUCUCGAAUGGUAUCCUCGACCGCGGCCGUCCCAUUCCCAGCAUGUUCAGCACUUACGAAGCCCAUUGUCCCGAACCAAGAGUCCCUGGUGGACCAUCAAAGACAAACACAACCAAAGAGCCGGUCUCUACAAACAACUCGGAUAUUCCCCAGAGCAUUCGCGAUCAGGCACUGGAGUUUGUGCGACAGUCCAACAUGCGCGCCCAAUCGCCCUCGAAUAUGCUCGGACAGCCUCCGACCAAUUCUUCCGCAUCCAUAGCAUCCUCGCUCUCCAAACAAUCCUCUGCCCAUGAUGCUCCGAAAGAGCGUCCUGGUUUCUUCAGACGAGUUNUUGGCUCUUCAACUCGCACCAAUUCCUUUCCGGAACAGCAACGGCCUACCAUUAGAGAUCAAUCGACUCAGAGUGCUGAAACCACUGCACCACCACCUGUGCCUCCAAAGACUCCGGCCAACCCUACCGAUCUUCCUCAUAAUGUUGUCACCAAGAAAGCCUCCUUUUCAGACGUCGUAAGAAGUCGAUGUCUGAUGCUCNCUCCGCCUCCACCAUUGCCAAACCCUGCCGUGUCCGCUUCACAUCUUCAAGAUCAUCCUCAACCUGUAAGUCCAGGUGCAAGCAGUCUCCGAAUGGUCAUGGAUCAGUACUUCGGCGAUUCUGAUCGUCAAUUGAACAAGACUGACUCUAACCAAUCCAAGCCUGUCGACACCCCCGUCAGCCGACCUACUCGUUCCAGCAUACUCAGUCAUGACACAGACGAGUCCUCGGAACUCGACAUGUUCCACUCUGGAUAUACUCCUCCGCCGGAUGCAUCUAUAAGAAGAGUAGGAGUAGAACCGCUAGAACCUCGAGCUGGCGGCAUCAGGGUUGUAACUUCGAGCGCUCAGCAGAAGCCUUUCACAAGUCCAAAAUUGGACGAUAUGGAGCGCAAUUUUGGUGGAGUAAACGAACGUCUACAAACUGGAAUUUCUCGCCCGAACUUGGCGCAGAGCAACUCGUUCUUGUCUGAUAAGAGCGAUGCUGAUGACAGCCAUGCUCCCUCCAUCAUCUCCGCUCUCAGUGAAACCUAUAUUGAAUCUGCAGAAGCAUUCAGUCCUGUUUCACCACUUGCCAACUCACCUAGGGCCACCCCAGUCGAGAGAUUCGUCACAUCUCCGACUUCUGACAUGGAAAGAGAACCUGUAUCGCCUAGGUCACACUUCUUCGAACACAACCGAGAUAGCCUUGGUUUACCGAUCGAAGGCGUUAGAGCACCGCAAAGCUAUGUUGUAUCUAACGAUGAAAAUGACCUGCCUUCAUUCCAGGUCGAUGGUCACACUGUUCGUCCAUCAGUAGAGGUAGCCCGAGGUAUGCUCGGCACCAUCGAUGAGCCGACAGCCGACGAGAGAGAACGCGCCCGUCAAAUAUACCAGGGCGAAGAGCAACAAUUGCUCAAAGACGAAGCCGCUCCAUGGCUCGGUGACAAGAACCCUGUCAGCGCUCGCACUCUUACCGCAUACAUGGACCUCUAUGACUUUGCCAAUCGAAACAUUCUGAGUGGCUUACGCACGCUCUGCGAUAGACUCGUCUUGAAGGGAGAGAGCCAGCAGGUUGACCGCAUCUUAGAUGCCUUUUCUAAGAGAUGGGACGAAUGUAAUCCUCAAAACGGCUUCAAAGGGCCAGGUGUAGUACACGCCAUUUGCUACGCGCUGUUAUUGCUAAACACUGAUCAACACAUGGCCGAUAUCCAACACAAGAUGACACGAUCCGAGUUCAUCAAGAACACGCUGCCUGCAAUCAAAUCGGCUGCAGAAAGUGCAACCAUCCGACCCACUCGUUCUCAGAGACCCUCUUUGCCUUGGUCAGACACCACACCAAAGUCACCUGAUGAUGACGACCGUGACUCUGUUGAUUUCAGAAGAUCGACCAAGCGCCUUUCAUUCAGACCGGGUAUGGGCAGGUUCGAAACUGAUCCUGGCCCGGGCGAAAAUGCCGAAUUUGGCUCAAUGAACCAUCUGGUCACCCGUCCAUUUGAUGGUCCUGAACACAAGUGGCUGUCAGAGGUGGAGUCGGUACUCAAGGCAUAUUACAGCUCGAUUGUUUCGCUCGCUCUUCCUCUGCAUGGCUCUCAGAAAUCAAAAAAACAUCCCGGUUCUUCGCAUAGCCCUGCAAAUCUCACUGUCGCAGGAAAUCUGAGACGCACUGGUUCGGUUAUAUCCAAAGCACCUUCUGAGGGUUUCUCAUACCGAAGCAAGAGGAACAACAGCGCCCUAUCAUCUCAUUGGAAUGCAAACAAGAACAGGUCGAGGCAAAAGGUAUACCCUGCUUCAACUGUUGGGUCAACCCGUACAUCGAUCGAUGAUGGCCAAUCUGUUUGGAGUCCCUCUGCACAAAGCAGUAUGUGGAGCAAGAUAUCUAUGGGCAGGACCCAGACAACUAUGAGUGUCGAGAGCUUUGCCGUUCAUCCGGACUUCAAACAAAGCCUAGGAUUUACCAACGCCUUGUCGCAAGCGAUGAUCCGAGAGGAGAGCGCAGGUGAUACCGAAUCGGUCAUGAAAAUCGGUACGGUGCUCGAAGAUGAAAGCCUGGAGUUGGCUGGUGCGCCUUGGGCCAAAGAAGGCAUGGUUAAGCACAAACACCACCUGGAUGGUCCGGAGAAGAAAGCCAAGGAGCGCAGCUGGAGUGAAACUUUCGCUGUGGUUGAGAAAGGGUACUUGCACCUGUUCAAUUUCAACAGGACUACAACCAAGAUCAACGACAUGCGCAGCACUAAGCGCCAGCUACCAAAGACAGGCAAAGCCGCUAGCGUAGCGCCAUCUGUUGUGGGUGGCGGUAAUUGGACCGACAACGCGGACGAAACCGAUCAAUUCCUUCUGAGGCAAUCUCUUGCGACUGUUCUACCACACCCGGGCUAUAGUAAGACUCGUCCGCAUGUUUGGGCGUUGAGCUUGCCGACUGGAGCUGUGCAUCUCUUCCAUGUUGGCACUGCAGAGAUCGCGGAAGAGUUCGUUUCUACUGUAAACUAUUGGUCUGCGCGUCUGAGCAAAGAGCCUCUAGUAGGUGGUGUUGACAAUAUCGAGUACGGCUGGAGUGAUAACAUCAUCAAUCCUGCUCUCAUUGGCAACAGCAAUGGAGAACCUCUUACGAAGCCUCCUUCCAGAGCCGCAGGCAACCACGCACACACAGCCUCUGUCAAUAGUAUUGGCAAGCAGAGUAUGCAGUCCACUGUUCGUGGCUCUNUUGACCAGACUUUUGGAUCAAGAUCUAGACUACCAGGCGACCGUGCUCACAUCGCUGAUUGGAAGCCUCCUGCAGCAUCUAUGCUGCCGUCACAGCUGCUCGAAAUCGAUCAACUUCGCAGUCUCAAAGCGUAUGUGGCUUCCGUAGAGACUGAACUGGAGCGUCACAAUGAGUUGCGAAGUGCUGUGAAUCUUGCUUACACGAACCACUACGGCCAGAACUGGAACAAGGUCACAGGCAACUGGGAGAAGAAGAGCGCCUAUCUUCUACGCGAAGUCGUCAAAUUCAGAACUUACAUCGAAGCUCUUGAGCGAGCUGGUCGCGAGAAAGAAAAGGUCUACGAAGAGCGCCAUACUCGCGAACAAGAGAGAGCUGCCCUCGGCUCCAAGGACGGAAAGAAGGAGAACAUCAAAGCAUGA